AUGGAUCUGACAAACAUCCACCACGCUCUCACGAGCGCCCCCACGACACCCGGGAUGUCCGCCUUCCGAAUCGCAGAGGUUGAUGCUGCACCUCCCAUCCUCAAGAUUACUUCUCUCCUCCAGCAAAUACCAGACGUCAUAUUCGAGAUCGCAUCGCAGCUCCCACCGGAGACGGCUCUAUGCCUGGCUCUCACUUGCAAGCCACUCUACGUCCUCCUCUUCCAUCGCACACUCAGGCGUUUAACGCGCCGAAGACGCCACUUAUUUCUCUUUACUCUCAUGAGAGAUCUCGGAACAGCAAACCACAGCGACCAUUAUUACUGUCACACAUGUUCCAAAAUAUGUGUCUGGAGAUGUCCACUUGGAAGGACGCAUGGUCCCUGGGAGAAAUGCCUGCCAAUCAAAUUGGAAACCCUUCAUCAUGACUUGAACGUGCAAAAGCAUGCAUGUGUAGGGAAGGGAUACUUCACUCAAACCAUUCCAGAGGUGGAAGAUCAUGGGUCAUGUAAAGGGGUCGCAUUACACACUGCUCGAACGGGCUGGUGCAAAUGCUGCGAGUAUUCUGGGAAGGCGUAA